GGCGGGGAAGUAGCGAUGACUCAUGGGGGUUGGUAAGAGCCAAUUUUGAAUACAUGAAUUAAAUUUGAUUAAACAAAUAAUAAUAACAAAAGCCCCACUGUCAAGGCAUCGCAUCUCUAUGCCUUCAAAGUCCAAAUUCCAUCGCCAAUCCGAAGCGACCAAGUUUCAGGUAUCGGAGCUGAGAAAGACGGAGGCAUUGCCAACCGGAGGAGUAUUCUGAGAUAAAUCCCAGCUCCAAAUUCUUACCUCUGUUCAUCCUCUUCAUAUCAUCGAAUUCCGUCUUUCAUGGUGUGAAAUUCUUAUUUGUUUUUGAAAUUUGGAGAAAUUUGAGCUGCUAUGCCAGUAAGUAUGGAGACUACGGUAACGCAGCAGUUGCAGUUUUCGCCAUGGAUUCACUCGAAGAGUAUUUCUGCAAAAUCGAAGGGUUCGCUGCAUUUCCCUAGGAGAUUAGCGGAGCAGGAUGUAUUGCAGGCCCCAUUUUCAUUCGAUUUACGAGUGUCGAGACAUUCAAAUCAUCGGAGAACCGUCGCUUUGAAAAUCUCCUGUUCUUAUAAUAACUCUUCAGUGUUGGAAUCUGGAAACCAUUGUGCUUCUGUUGAUGAGACUUUGGCUAUACAGAGGAAGUCCCGGGAGAUUGAGUCAUAUUUAAAUGGGCGCUGUAUAUAUCUUGUUGGAAUGAUGGGCUCCGGGAAAACAACUGUGGGAAAAGUCUUGUCAAAUGCACUUGGUUACUCCUUUUCGGAUAGUGAUUCAUUGGUGGAACAAGACAUGGGAAUUUCUGUAGCCGAAGUUUUCAAGGUCUAUGGGGAGGACUUCUUUAGAGAAAGGGAGACGGAAGCAUUGAGGAAGUUAUCUUUGAUGCGCCAGUUUGUUAUUUCCACAGGCGGAGGUGCUGUAACGAGAUCGAUAAACUGGAAAUAUAUGCAUAAAGGCAUCAGUGUUUGGUUGGAUGUGCCUUUGGAAGCCUUGGUUAAGAGAAUUUCAGCUGUAGGAACCAAUUCUCGUCCCCUUUUGCAUCAUGAUUCAAAUGAUGCAUACUCAAAGACCCUCGUCCGUUUAUCUACUCUUCUGGAAGAGAGGGGCGAAGCAUAUGCCAACGCUGAAGUCAAAGUUUCCUGCGAAAAAAUUGCAGCCAAACUGGGUACUAAAGACGUAUCGAAUGUCACGCCUAUGGCCAUAGCAAUCGAGGCACUCGAAGAAAUCGAGACCUUUUUGAAGAGAGAAGAUGGUUAUUGUGCAUUUUGAUGACCACAAAAAAGAAAAAUGAUUCAUUUAGGUACAUAUGAAUAACGGCAAUGAGUGGAAACAUAAUCGAUUCUUUCAUUAUUUCUGGAUAAUCUUCUUUAUCAAGUAUCAAGGCAUGUUUCAGUUUCACUCAAGGCUGUCCCAUUUCUUCUCUUGAUCUCAUAAGUGUGUUUGGUCUAGUGUAGAGUAUUACAUACAAUGCAUCAUCUUAAAAUGUUGGAUGGUUAUAAGUUUCGAAGCAUAUGGAGAAAAAAAAAACUAGACAUUAGAGUUGUAUUUGAAAGAGUUGUGGAAUUCAUCUAAGUUAAGAAUUGAAUGAUAUCAUUCAUUAAAGGUUAUUAUAUUAUUGAAAUACCCCUAAAUUAGAUUCUUUUUCCUCUCUAAACUUCCAAAACUUCAUUUUUAUUAUUUUUAAAUUUUUAAGUGCUGGUUUGUGAGGUUGGUUACAUUUGAGUGUGUACUAUUCUAGUUUGUGUUUAGAAAAUUUGUAUUUGAAGUGCAAAUUAUCUCUAUGUAGGAAGUUUGUAUUUGGAACGUAAAUUAUUUUAGUUUGAGUCUGGAGUUUGUAUUUAGAUUGCUAGUUUGUAUAAUAUUUUAAUAUCAUAUUUUGUAAAUAAAAAGACUUAGUUCCACUAA